AUGGUCUCGCCGGUCAGCUUCGACGUCUUCUCUCGCUGCGCACGUGCUUUUCUGCUGCCGGCCGACCUCUUGCCCUACCUUCUGGCUGCGCGAGCCAUCGACCGCGCCGACCCUUCGGUGUCCGCGCUCGCUGUCGAGGCUCGUGUUCGUGAGAGAUUGCACGGCUGGCUGCUGCCGCUGGUGCAGCAAGGCAUGGUCUGCCCCUUCGCUAACUCCGAGGUGCGACGUCCUCACGUGGCCUGGGUGCCGUUUGUGCGCGACCUGCCAGACGCCGCGCGCCGCCUCUGGAACUGCUUCGCAGGCGAGAUCGACGACCUUUCCGAGUUCGCCUUCCAUGUUGGUGUGCGGCGCACGGAGAUCCUGGCAUAUCUCAAUCGCGCUCAUCCCGUUGCGGCCGCCCUCCGUGAGAUCCUGCCCUAUGCGCGCGACCUUCUUUGCUUGCUCCAGGUGAGCCCUUUCGACGACCGCCGGCCUCUCUCGGUGCCCGAGGUCGAUCUUGCAGGACGCGUUCUGCGGUCGUCCACGUGCAGUCACGAGCGCAUGGUCUUCUUCAUGGUGCAUCUCUGCUUCGAGGGCUAUCACGUGGUGCUGAGCUUCGCGGAGGAGUCGCCUGCCUUGCAUCCUGCCGACGAGGCUGGGACGGUUGCCCCAAGUGUCGACUGCAUGCUUGCGCGCAUCCCCUGGCGCCCUGAGGCCGCUGGCGGUGUUGCGCCAUCCCGGUCCGCCUCCUUUGCCAUGCAUGCGCGCUUUCGGGGCCCUUUCGAUGUUGACGACUUGUCUAACUAG